GCCUUGAAGGUCUUGCUAGACUUCUAGAGUUACUCACAAAUUAUUUCAAGGUUGAAAUUGGAAAGAAAUUGCUUGAUCAUUUGCGCCAAUGGGCGGAUCCUUCUGUUCUCCAAGAAGCCGCCGGGAAACCCCUAAUUGAUGUAGAACCAAUUAAGAUUAUAGUAGCCAUCUUGAACGUGUUCCAUCUUUUGCCUUCCGCUGCUAAUAUAUUUUUGGAAAAUUUGGUUCAUAUUGUACUGGAUCUUGAAGAACAAUUACGUCGGUCAUUAUCAAGUCCUUUUCGUCUACCUCUCAUUAAAUUUUUGAACAGAUAUGCUUCUGAAACUAUUGAAUACUUUUAUGAAAGAUUAGGGGAUUCCAAAUAUAGUCGAUUGUUCAUAAGCAUUUUAGAAACAGAAGAAGCUAUUAAACUUCGACAGUAUAUAAUGGAAAAUCCUAAUUUACUUAUUGAAAAGGCCUCAAAUUCUAAAGAUUCUGAUGAUUUUAAUGAAGCAAAGUUUCAGAAAAUUGUGAUUAUUCGA